AUGACAGGCUGGCAGAAGGGAGCCCAAGACCCUCUCUGCCCUCAGGUGCUCCAUCUCAUGACAGUUGUUUCCUUUCACAGCCCAGUGACACAGGAUGACCCCAAGGGUCACAGCCCUGGCCAGGCCCGGAAUGAGUCCCCCCAGCCCUUCACGGGGACAGUGAAGAAGUCUCCAGAAUCCCUGGUCAAGCUGGAGGUGCCCCCAUCGGCCUGUCCAAGGCACGUGAGGAUCAAAAACUGGGGCAGUGGGAUGACCUUCCAAGACACACUUCACCACAAGGCCAAAGGGGAUCUCGCUUGCAAGUCCAAGCAUUGCUUGGGAGCCAUCAUGAACUCCCAAAGUUUGACCAGAGGACCCAGGGACAAGCCUACCUCCCCAGAUGAGCUUCUACCUCAAGCUAUCGAAUUUGUCAACCAGUAUUACAGCUCCUUCAAAGAGGCAAAAAUAGAGGAGCAUCUGGCCAGGGUGGAAGCCGUCACAAAGGAGAUAGAAAUAACAGGAACCUACCAGCUGACGGGAGAUGAGCUCAUCUACGCCACCAAGCAGGCCUGGCGCAAUGCCCCGCGCUGCAUCGGGAGGAUCCAGUGGUCCAACCUGCAGGUCUUCGACGCCCGGAGCUGUUCCACUGCCCAGGAAAUGUUCGAGUGCAUCUGCAGACACCUGCGAUACGCCACCAACAAUGGCAACAUCAGGUCGGCCAUCACUGUGUUCCCCCAGCGGAGCGACGGGAAGCAUGACUUCCGGGUCUGGAACUCUCAGCUCCUCCGUUAUGCCGGCUACCAGAUGCCCGAUGGCACCAUCAGAGGGGACCCCGCCUGCGUGGAGUUCACCCAGCUGUGCAUUGACCUGGGCUGGAAGCCCAAGUACGGCCGCUUCGACGUGGUGCCUCUGGUCCUGCAGGCCGAUGGCCGAGACCCUGAGCUCUUUGAAAUCCCACCUGACCUUGUGCUCGAGGUGCCUAUGGAACAUCCCAAGUACGAGUGGUUCCGGGAGCUGGAGCUGAAGUGGUACGCUCUGCCCGCGGUGUCCAACAUGCUGCUGGAGGCGGGCGGCCUCGAGUUCCCAGGGUGCCCCUUCAAUGGCUGGUACAUGGGCACGGAGAUCGGGGUCCGGGACUUCUGUGACGUCCAGCGCUACAACAUCCUGGAGGAAGUGGGCAGAAGGAUGGGCCUGGACACGCACAAGUUGGCCUCGCUCUGGAAAGACCAGGCCGUCAUCGAGAUCAACGUCGCCGUGCUCCACAGUUUCCAGAAGCAGAACGUGACCAUCAUGGACCACCACUCGGCUGCAGAGUCCUUCAUGAAGUACAUGCAGAAUGAGUACCGGUCCCGAGGGGGCUGCCCUGCCGACUGGAUUUGGCUGGUCCCCCCAAUUUCUGGAAGCAUCACCCCCGUGUUCCACCAGGAGAUGUUGAACUAUGUUCUGUCCCCUUUCUACUACUACCAGGUGGAGGCCUGGAAAACCCAUGUCUGGCAGGACGAGAACCGGAGACCCCAGAGAAGAGAGAUUCGGUUCCAAGUCUUGGUUAAAGCCGUGCUCUUUGCCUCUAUGCUGAUGCGAAAGACCAUGGCAUCCCGAGUCAGAGCCACAAUUCUCUUUGCGACGGAGACCGGAAAGUCGGAAACGCUGGCCCGGGACCUGGGCGCCUUGUUCAGCUGCGCCUUCAACCCCGAGGUUCUCUGCAUGGACGAGUAUGGGCUGAGCCGCCUGGAGGAGGAGCAGCUGCUGCUGGUGGUGACCAGCACGUUUGGGAACGGAGGCGCUCCCGGCAAUGGAGAGAAACUGAAGAAAUCCCUCUUCAUGCUGAAAGAGCUCACCAACAAGUUCAGGUAUGCCGUGUUCGGCCUCGGUUCCAGCAUGUACCCUCAGUUCUGCGCCUUUGCUCAUGAUGUCGACCAGAAGUUGUCCCACCUGGGAGCAUCUCAGCUCACCCCAACAGGGGAAGGGGACGAGCUCAGUGGGCAGGAAGAGGCCUUCCGAAGUUGGGCAGUGCAGACCUUCAAGGCAGCCUGUGAGACAUUCGACGUCCGAGGCCAGGGCCGCAUUCAGAUCCCCAAGCUCUACACCACCAGUGUGACCUGGGACCCGUGCCACUACCGGCUCGUGCAGGACUCACAGCCUUUGGACCUCAACAAAGCCCUCAGCAGCGUGCACGCCAAGGACGUGUUCACCAUGAAGCUCAAAUCCCGGCAGAACCUGCAGAGUCCGAAAUCCAGCCGCACCACCCUCCUGGUGGAACUCUCCUGUGCGGACGGCCAGGGCCUCAGCUACCUGCCCGGGGAGCACCUGGGCAUUUUCCCAAGCAACCAGCCGGCCCUGGUCCAAGGCAUUUUGGAGCGAGUGGUAGACGGCCCCGCACCCCACCAACCCGUGUGCCUGGAGACCCUCAGCGAGACUGGCAGCUACUGGGUCAGGGACAAGCGGCUGCCCCCCUGCUCACUCAGCCAGGCCCUCACCCACUUCCUGGACAUCACCACCCCCCCAACGCAGCUGCUGCUCCGGAAGCUGGCCCGGCUGGCCACCGAAGAGGGCGAGAGGCGGAGGCUGGAGACCCUGUGCCAGCCCUCGGAGUACAACCAGUGGAAGUUCACCAACAGUCCCACAUUCCUGGAGGUGCUGGAGGAGUUCCCGUCCCUGCAGGUGUCUGCCAGCUUCCUGCUCUCCCAGCUCCCUGUUCUGAAACCCCGGUACUACUCCAUCAGCUCCUGCAGGGACCGCACACCCAUGGAGGUCCACCUCACUGUGGCCGUGCUCACCUACCGCACCCGAGAUGGCCAGGGUCCCCUGCACCACGGUGUCUGCAGCACGUGGCUUAGCAGCCUGAAGCCCCAAGACCCAGUGCCCUGUUUUGUACGAAGUGCCAGUGGCUUCCAGCUCCCUGAGGACCCCUCCCAGCCUUGCAUCCUCAUUGGGCCUGGCACGGGCAUUGCCCCCUUCCGCAGUUUCUGGCAGCAGCGGCUUUAUGACAUUGAACAAAAAGGGCUCCAGAGUGGCUGCAUGACCCUGGUGUUUGGGUGCCGGCGCCCAGACGAGGACCACCUCUAUCGGGAGGAGAUGUUGGAGAUGGUCCAGAAGAGGGUGCUGCAUGAGGUGCACACAGCCUACUCUCGUCUGCCUGGCCAACCCAAGGUCUAUGUUCAAGACAUCCUUCAGCAGCAGCUGGCCGAUCAGGUGCUCCACGUGCUUCACAAGGAGCAGGGCCACCUCUAUGUCUGUGGGGACGUGCGCAUGGCCCGGGAUGUAGCCCACACACUUAAGCAGCUGGUGGCAGCCAAGCUGAGCCUGAGUGAGGAACAGGUGGAGGACUAUUUCUUCCAGCUUAAGAACCAGAAGCGCUAUCAUGAAGAUAUCUUCGGAGCUGUAUUUCCCUACAAGGUGCAAGAGGAUGGGGCUGCCGGGAAGUCUAGUGAGCCCAGAGCUUCAACAGCCCGUGGAAGUUAAAGCUGCCACGGUUGAAUUUCAUGAUGGACCCAAUUCUCCAUUCUCAGAGGCCACAGGGAGAUGGUGGAAAAUUAUAUCGCCAAGCCACACAUCUUAUUUGUCCAUCUCCUUCCCCCUUUGUUUGACUGGCUACCAAGUAGCAGCCUGGACUGAGGGAACCUCUUGUCGCCUUUGAGCCCACCCUUCCCCAGAUAAUGGAAUAUUGGGAUGUCCCUGGUCCCUUAAAGAAAAGCUGCAAUGCCAGGCCUGGCCAGUGGGUGAGAAGGAUGGAGCCUUCUUCUGAUUGCACCACUGUCAGGGACCACCAGGAGGCGCUGCCUCACCACUCUGUAUUUAGCCCCACUCUUUUCUGUACAGUUAUUUAUGCUUUUGUAUUUAAAAACAAAACCCUAGUCAGCCCCUGAGGACCAUCUAAACCCUCCCUGUAAGACUCCUUGAUGG